GUGGAACCACGCCCACUUUUGGUUGCUAACGCUAGGAUUGAGAUUUAGAAUGAACCUGUUGUUGUUUACGUUUGAGAGGCGUAAAGGGAAGAAUGAAGUCGGGAAAGUGAUGAAAACCGGUACAUAAACAUUGUUCGACAUAUAUAUAAAUCUCAUGGAGCUACGGAACGCGACACGGAGGCGGUCAGUGUUGAGAAGCGCGAGGCGAGGAGUGGUGAAGCGGGACGCGGGUAAAGUUCUGCGCUCGCUCCCGCUGCAGGGUAACGACGACCUCGGGGACGCGCACGCUCAAGAAGCCUGCUUCACCUUGGGCUGGUGCGGGAAGUCCAGCGCGCUGACGGCGCCGCGCUACAGCCUGAUCCGGGAGGUGGGUCGGGGAAGCUACGGCGUCGUCUACGAGGCUGUGGCCCGGAAAACCGGCGCCCGGGUGGCGGUCAAGAAGCUCCGCUGCGACGCCCCGGAGAGGGUCGAGCUGGCCCUGGCUGAGUUCUGGGCCUUGGCGAGCUUGGAGAAGAAACACGAGAACAUCGUCCAGCUGGAGGAGUGUGUGCUGCAGAGGAACGGCAUGGCGCAGAAAAUGAGCCACGGCAACAAGAGCUCCAGGCAGUACUUACGAUUAGUGGAAACUUCAUUAAAAGGCGAACGAAUCCCUGGUUACCUCGAGGAACCAUGCUACCUCUGGUUCGUCAUGGAGUUCUGCGAAGGCGGCGACCUCAACCAGUACAUUCUGUCACGACGCCCUGAUUCCCGAACCAACAGGAGCUUCAUGAAGCAGCUGACCAGCGCCGUUGCCUUCCUGCACAAGAACAACAUCGUCCACCGUGACCUCAAACCCGACAACAUCCUGAUCUCGCAGAAGUUCGGGACGCCUGUCAUUAAGGUGGCCGACUUCGGCCUGAGCAAAGUGUGCGCCGGGCUCGGGGGAUGCGUUGAACCAGAGUCUGAAGGACACGUCGAAAAGAGCGUAAACGUCAACAAGUUCUGGUUGUCGUCGGCGUGCGGUUCAGACUUCUACAUGGCGCCCGAGGUAUGGGAGGGCCACUACACAGCCAAGGCGGACAUCUUUGCACUCGGCAUCAUCAUUUGGGCCAUGCUCGAGCGGAUCACAUUUAUCGACGGCGAGUCGAAGCGCGAGCUCCUGGGCACGUACAUCCGUCAAGGCAGUGAGAUCGUGCCUGUAGGCGAGGCGCUGCUCGAGAACCCCAAGAUGGUCCUUCACAUCCCACAGAGACCACGAAGCUCAAUGUCCAACGACGUCCGGACGCUUUUACGCGACAUGUUGGCUGUUAAUCCAGAAGACAGACCGGACGCUUUCCAACUCGUGCACAGGGUCACAUGUGCUACAUGAACCAGAGCAGUGGGAAUUUCAAGCUUGGUUUGAAAGCUGAACGAGCGUCCGAUCGCUCAGCAGGACGGAGAAGAGAAACUAGGAAUUUUAGGACUGUGAAGCAUAAGAACAGGAAAUUAAACUCUUCAGAACGAUCGUGCCUGAGAAGUCUGGCUUCUUCGUGUCUGGCCUUCAGUGAUUUCCUGGGUUUUUCCUUCUUCUCAGCACUCGUCCCAGGGUUUUUACGUUCUGUUUUGUUUCACUGUCGUAUUGACCGUGCUGUUCUUCAGAACCACAGACUGGAGGGAAGACAACAUGUUGCACUUUGUACUCAUCUCCUCUGCACUCCUCACAAGAUUACAGUGUCUGCAGAUGAUGACGGUCCAGAUUCCAGGUUGUUCUGAAAUGUUCUUGAGGAUGUCGAGGACCAUUGAAAGAUGUACUGUGAAAGAAGUAAUGUGAACACUCAAUCCAGUGUGUGUGUGUUUGCGCGCGCGCAACAACUUCCUGGUUUACAGUCUCAGUUUUGUGCCUUAUUUAAUUUUUAUUUGGCAGAUUUAUGAAUCUGAUGUUCUGAACCGAAUCUUCCAUCACUUUACGCGCUCGCAUGCAAAAAAACAAAGGAAGAAAAAAAGGGAGUCAGAUUUCACUGUUUAAGGACAUUUA